GAAAACACACCUGACUGGUGACAGCAAAAUAGAAACUAACUUUCACAGUAUCUACCCUAGAAAUGUGUCUUCCUGUGGAUAUCACUCUCAACUGCACACCAACUAUGAUAACAUGACAACUGAGAGGAUGGACUUGAAUACAACUCUACACAGGGUCAGCAGACUGCAUGUUUUGGUUUGGAGGAGCACACAGACACCUGAACAGUCGUAGAAAGUUGGCCAGUAAGUCAUCCCUUAGCAAUGGCCUACUUCAAACCAGUGUGACCUCGUAAGGGAGUGUGUUUUGUUCACACAGCGCACUCUAUAACAAGACCUUUCCACGCUCUGAUGAGAUGAUGAGAACCCUUACAACACAACAACGGCCAGUGGUUUGAGAUGAAAAUGAGAAGGACAAGGAAGGCAUGAGAACAUUUCUCCAACAUACAAGCUGCUCAUAGACACAUUUCCAAUAAACCUUUGCCAGCAUAAAGAUAUGUCAGCAUGUCACUCAACUCCACGGCCGAUAAUCUGUGUGCACCGGAUGACCACCUCUGUAUUGUAAGGGAGCAUUUGCAGGCAGUGAUCAUCGUCCCUACUCUGCUCCUCCUGAGCACCCUGGUGGGCUUCUUGGCUAUUUGCUGCCUGAGGUAUUGUCCUGAAAGGAAGGGGCCAAAGACCACUUCCGCUCCACGCUACCACAGCGCAUCGCACAAGCAGAGGCACAGCCACAGAAAUCACCUACAGGGCAUUGAUGCACCCCCGGGGAUUAACCCACUGGAACAUGAAGAGCUGCCAAUGUCAGUUCAACAAGUGCAACAGAAUGUCAGACCAACUCUGGCUGCAGUACCCCCGAUGUCCACAGAGAGGCAAAGAGGAGCCUUCAGCCAGAUGACCGCGCUGCAACCGUCCUUCCCCGUCACAUCUAACAACACAUACAUCCUCUACAGAGCCCGCAAGGACAACAGAGAUGUCAUCCUGAGGAUGCUAAAAGAGACAGCAAACGGCCGUGAAAAGCAGGAAUUUUUGGGAUUUGCUGCCUUCGUGUCAGGACUCGGGCCUCACCCCUUCCUACCUGAGCUGCUGGGUGUAGUCUCAGUGCAGCCGCCCCUGAUGAUGGUUGUGGAGGAGCUGCAGCACAGAGACCUGUUGGGGUACCUGUGGAAAUGUCGACAACAGGGCAACUCGGGUUCAGAGUCUUCAUGUGAAAUGACGGAGAAGAAGAUCUUCACCAUGGCAGGACAGGUGGCCUCUGCCCUGGAGUACCUGCACGGUCAGCGCUGCAUCCAUGGCAACGUGGGAUCUCGCAGCGUACUGGUUGGUGGAGAUCUGACAGCAAAGCUCUGGGGAUUUGGCUCGGCCUACCGCAGGAGAACACAGGCCGUUUCACCGGGGGAAGUCGGGGACAUUGAGAUGAGGAAGUGGCAGGCACCUGAAGUGCUGGGCGGAAAGGCUGACAGUCAGAGCAGUGACAUUUGGUCCUUUGGUAUCCUGCUUUACGAAAUGGUCACACUGGGUGACCCACCGUUUGCUGAAUACAGGGCAACCGAACUUCUGCAGUAUCUACAAAGGGGAAAGCAUCUCAAACGGCCGACCACUUGCUCCAACUCACUGUACUCCAUCAUAAAGAACUGCAGCCAUUGGCGCCCCGAACACCGUCUGUCAACGUCGGAGCUCAUUAGAACACUUCAGUCAGGAGAGAAAUCAGCCAAUGGGAGGAAAGUUCUCAAAGUGACUCAACCACUGGAUAUCGAGAAGUACCUAAGGGAGGCGGGAUAUGGAGAGGCGUAUGACUUCGCUGUGCUAUGAUUGGAUGGGGCGGUUGUUACACCCAGGACUACUGGAAAAUGGAAGAAUUUAUAAAAUAUCAUUUUCUCAGAGAAAUGCACCUUGUUUGUGAAACACACCUUUGUGUUUGAUAUAUCUGUUUGCAAUAUUGGAACACUUAAAAACGUUAUAUGUUUGAAUAGUAAUAUAUGGAUUGUAAAUAUGUCUCUUUCUGUAAACUAUAACUUAUGUAAUGACUAAUGUUAUGAAAGAAAACAAUACAUGUUUGCUGCACUUUUCACUGAAACAACAUGUUUUGUAUGUAUACAGCUUCUCAGAAGCUAUACAAAGAUGAGUGGGGUGCACUUAA